CUGUGAUACUGUUUCUUAGUUCCUCUCCCCUCUCUCUCUCUCUCUCUCUCUCUCUCUCUCCAAAUUGAGUACAUUUUUCUUGCGAUUGUCAAAUGAGUGGUUGGUUCAAAUUCAAAUUUUAGCUUUGUGAAUCACAGUCAUAAUCAAAUUACAACCAACUGAGAGCCCAGGACAACAAACCACACUCCAACACGCUCAGUGGAAAAGAUGAAAGAAAUUUAAAGUAUCAUUGAGAGAAAGAGUGAUAGGAAGACAAGGAGAGAUGAUCAAGAACACCAACAACAGCAACUACAAUGGAAGCUCUCUAUGGCAGAGUGGAACAGAUUUGUUUAAGAGAGUUGAUUUGGGAUCAAAUGAUGAGCAGACAUGGAAGAUUGCAGCUUCAAGACUUGCUCUGGAUAAUCAAUUGAUGAGGAGGAAGAAAAUGACUGAAAUGUUAUUGUUAAAUCAACAAAAUGUAGAUGAAGUGAAAGACCCAUUUUUUUCUUCUCCGUCUCCAUUGUGUAAAUCAGUUAGUUUCUAUGGACAACAACAACUUCAACAAUGCAUGAACAAUCAGGUUUUGGGGCAAGCAGAUAAAUGGUAUAAGCCAUUACCACCAGCUGAAAUGUUGCCUAGAGAUGAAGUCUUAGGUGGUUAUAUCUUUGUUUGCAACAAUGAGACCAUGCAAGAGGAUCUACGCCGUCAACUCUUUGGCCUUCCACAGAAAUAUAAAGAUUCAGUGAGGGCAAUAACACCAGGUUUACCCCUCUUUCUGUAUAACUACACAGCUCACCAACUUCAUGGAGUGUUUCAGGCUGUAAGUUUUGGAGGUUCGAAUAUAGACCCAACUGCAUGGGAAGAUAAGAAGUGCAGAGGAGAAUCAAGAUUUCCAGCUCAAGUAAGAAUCCGAGUUAAAAGGAUGUGCAAACCACUUGAAGAAGAUUCAUUCAGACCAAUCUUGUUUCAUUAUGAUGGACCAAAGUUUCGUUUGCAGCUCUCAGUUCCUGAGGCACUUGCAUUAUUGGAUUUGUUCAAGGAAGAUUAAAUGUAGCGAACACAACAAUCUCUAACUGUGAAGUUCCUACAUUUUGUUACUGAACAAAAAAUGAAAUAUGGAAAUAGAUUUUAGGAAGAGGAGAGACUCAGAAGUCGUGUGAGGAGAAAUAUUAGUGUGCAUCUAAUGUAUUAAGUAAUGUAUAUGAAUUGUCAGUAUAAGUUAAUGGAUAACUAGGAAAUGCAUAUUAUAAUAAU